AUUGCGCCAUAAGUUAUCAAAGUAGUUGGAAGUAGAAACGCGAAUUGUAUUUGCAGUCCAAAAGUAAUGGAACGUUGGUCGAAUCGUGUUGCUGUGGUAACGGGUGCUAGUUCAGGAAUCGGUGCUGCUGUUGUGAAGUACCUUGCAAACAACGGAUUGGUUACUGUGGGCCUUGCACGACGCAAGGAGCGAAUCGAAGCAAUACGUGAUGAAGUAAAACUGGAAGUACGAACACGAAUUCAUGCUAUUCAGUGUGACGUGCGAAACGAGGAGCAAAUAAUAGCCGUUUUCAAAGAGAUUGAAAAGAAAUAUGGGCCAGUUGCAGUGUUGGUCAACAAUGCGGGGAUAUUACGAACAACCACCUUAUUGACGGAAAGCAACUCGCAAGAUAUACGUGAUGUUAUCGACACAAAUAUUUUGGGUGUGGUCCAUUGUACCCGGGAGGCGUACCGAUCUAUGAAAGCAAGCGGUGGAGAUGGUCAUAUUUUCUUGAUCAACAGCAUAGUUGGCCACAAAGUUCCUUUAUUUGAGAACAAUACUUUUAAUAUUUAUCCUCCUUCAAAACAUGCUGUUACCGCCAUGACCGAAAUUUACCGCCAAGAGCUAUUAAACAACAAGAAAGUUAAAAUCACCAGCAUCAGUCCAGGUGUAGUUGAAACUGAGAUUAUCACCGAUGAUAUAAAGAGACAGAUACCGGAUAUGGUCUAUUUAAAGUCAGAAGAUAUUGCGGAUGCGUUGGUUUAUUGCCUUCAAACUCCACCGCACGUGCAAAUUCAUGAGAUGACCAUCAAACCUGUGGGAGAAAAGAUUUAACAUACGUAUAUACAUACAUGUGUAGUAGUAAAACAAUACAUGCAUAUAGAACUUAUAAAAAGCUAGAUUGUGAAAAUAUAUAACAGGUAUUCACCAAUUGCAAUUGUCCUGACACUGUGGCAAAAUUUCGUGAAUACCCCUACUGGGGGCAUUUCAAACUGAAAGUCCUUAAUUUUCAAAAAGAAAAGUAUAUUGAAACCUCUUUGAAAGCUAAAUUAAAAGUGUUUAAAUUGCUCCGAUUUUUAUGAUUUUUUAAGUGAGGCUUAUCAAAAAUACUAAAACCUUUACAAUUUACAUUAUACUCGUACCGCUCCAAUCGGGAAUUCGUCCAUGUUUCUGUUAAGGAAACUAUAUAUGUAUGUAAACGAUUAACUGUAAAAUAUGUAAUUUAAGUUAUUCGGAGAUAUAAACGAAGAUUAUAAAAUUAUAAUUAAAUAUAACUAGUUUUGGCCUUUAAGAAAAAAGGUGUCAAUAAAAUGUUUCUAAUUU